CGAUUUUUUGCCGAAGCGGUCUUGAUGUUGAGACACGACAAAGAUCAAAAAACUUGAAACGCAACGACGAAAACUGUGUAGGAUGCGAUUCGUACCCGUACACAACGAACUAGCAACAGAAUAAGAACAAAACGCCGACGUCGCACAUCAUACUUCACAAAUCGAAAUCGAUCUCGAUAACAACAUCCAAAAGGACAACAUCAACAACGCGGUUCAAGGAACUAAUUUUUGAUCUUACAACUAACAAUUUCAAAAUGAGAAUCUACAACGGAGGUACUUUCACAAACAGCUACCGGAGCGAUGCGAUGGAAAACCGCAAGCUGAAAAUCGCCCCCUCCCAGAAGCUACCUUGUUCCUCAUUCCUUCCGGCAACCUCGAAGAGAUCCAUCGUCCUUCCGGAGGAUCAAGAAAACUCGGCACCCAACAAGAAUUUCGAAGCCUCGAGCAACGCUCGGGUUCCGAAAAAGCCCCUCUCGAUGGAUCAAGAAAACUCGUCGAAUUUCAGUAACACCAGCGUGACAGCAGCUCCCAUGGUUCCAAGCAAAGCCCUUUCCGAGAAGCCAGCGAUGCAAAAGGGAUUGUCGGAGAGGACCCUGGGAGAACCCAUCCCGGAGGGUGGUGUCUGCAACCUCGUCUACGAGCCAGACUCGUCCGGUCGCCUGGUUGAACACUUUACAAAGACCGAGCUCCAUGGCAUGGCCGUCGUGGGCCGCUGGACCGCGGGCAACGGCAAGAAGAUCGCCGGGUUCAAGUUCAAGCGCAAUGCAGGCCGAAACGUCCUGAUCGGCAACUGCGCCGCGGGAGUGCUCGGCCGCAAAAACUAUUGCAACGGUUUUUGUCAGUUUGUAAAGCAGGCAUACCUAAUGAACGGCGAGGUCACCCUCUACGAUAUCCCGAAGGGAUUCAAGGCAAUGCCCGUCGACGUCUACCUCUAUUACGACGACAACCGUCCCGGCCACCAAACGGUCAAGCUUGUACCCGGAAAGUCGCUCUCGACCGAAAACCUACUGGCUGUGUCGUGCCUUCCCAAGAACACACCUUUCUACGAGACCGAGACAGUGGACUUGUUCAAGUGGCUGCAUGACGCCGAGGUCCAGGGAUACUCCAGUAAAUGUUAACUCCGCCGACUACCUGUAUAUUGCUAUGACACCAUAUGCUGCAGUACACAAACGCAUCAUGCGCUGAUGACUUCAUGGACGAUAUAUCUGCUGCACCGCCAUUCGAUUGAAAUUACGACGGACGAAUGGCGACGACUGCGCAGUCGCAACUCUCAUCGCAACAUGCCACAAAGUGAAAUAGAACAAACCAAUACCCUAUAGAUCAAAGCUGUUUUUCACCUCAAUUCCGGCUUACAUUGCAUUUGCA